GCAAUCAGUGUGACGAGUGUCCUAGCGGGUUCUACAAAAACCCAGGCAGCCCCAGGCUUGACUGUGCACCAUGUCCCUGCAACAACAACAUCGAUGUGACGGACCCAGAGUCCUGUAACAGGGUCACCGGGGAAUGCACCAAGUGUUUACACAACACCCAUGGAACAAACUGCCAGUUCUGCAAACCAGGGUAUUUUGGCUCAGCCCUCAAUCAAAACUGUCGAAGGUGCACGUGCAAUCCUGUGGGUGUUCACCGUGCCAUGUGCCCGGGGGGGGACGCAGCCUGUCUGUGUGACCCAGCCACGGGAGCUUGCCCUUGCCUGCCCAACGUGGUGGGUGCCACAUGUGACCAGUGUGCCUCUGGCUACUGGGACCUGGCUAGUGGAAAAGGAUGUCAGAUCUGUGACUGUGAUCCAAAAAACUCCCAAAGCAACCAGUGCAACCAGCUUACAGGCCAGUGUCCAUGUAAGCGAGGUUACAGCGGAAGAUGUUGCGAUGAAUGUGAGGAAAAUUACUUCGGCAAUCCCCAGACGCAUUGCAUUUCGUGCGAGUGUAACCCAGAGGGAACCAGCCAGCCCAAGUGUGACAAAGCCACUGGCGCAUGUAACUGCCGCGCUGGCGUCACCGGCCGGUUCUGCGACCAGUGUGGCCGUGGCUUUGAGAAAGACUUUCCCUCUUGCCGUCAGUGUCAUCUUUGUUUUGAUCAGUGGGACACUGAAAUUACUGCCCUCGCUCAGACUGUUCAGGGAUUAAUGAGGUUUGCUGCAAAUCUUGAAGAUAAAGGAGGACGAAUGCCCAGCUGUGACAUGCGCUUCAAAGCCUUUGAAGAUGCCAUUUCUGAAAUUGAAAGAAUUUUGAGACAUCCUGUUCUUUCACUGCGGGCCCUCCCAGGCAUCAAGGAUUUUCAGGGCUACGUUCAACAAAAAGUUGCACAAAUGGAUCCCCUUCACGGCACGCUGUAUGAGUUUCCUGACCUUAACAAGAACAUAGAAGACAUUGGGGAAGAAGCUGACCUAGUGUAUGAACUUCUACAACAGAAAAUACAUCUGCAUCAAAGUUUUCAUUACUUGAACUUCAAAGAGGCCAUCAGCAACAUUAGGAAACACUUUGAAGUAUCAUUGCUGGCAGAGCGGAAGAUCAGUGGGACAACCCCUAUCGUAAGAUACUCAGAGUACACCAGGAACCACGCGCUCGCUGUGUUGGGACAUCAGGCCUUGAAAGAAAGCAACGUGCUGGAGCAGCUCAAGAUGAUCAAGAGCCCCAACAUCCAAAACUUGAAUGAAAAGAUCUGUGGUGUGCCAGGAGACCAGCCUUGUGUCACAGCAGCCUGCGGGGGAGCUUUGUGCCGGGACAGUCACCGACUCAGGCAGUGUGGUGGCCCAAACUGCAGCGGAGCUCUUCCUCUCUCCACUGAUGCCUUCAGAAAAGCUGAGGAGACUGCUGUGUUGCUAAGUAACUUGACUACUCAGUUACGGGAACCUGAGAAUCAGGUUGAAAGCAUUAGAAAAAUGGCAGAAGACAGCAAGUUGAAAGGCUCACAAUUUAAUGGGCAACUGGAGACAGCUAAGAAUCAAAUUGAAGUUGACCAAGAGAUCACUAAGGAGUUCAUCCGAAAAGUAAAAGACUUCUUGUUAGAUGAGAGCGCACCUCCAGAAGACAUUGAGAAGGUGGCAAAUUAUGUUCUGCAAAUAAACCUUCCCCUGACUCCACGAGAGUUCACAGGGAUGCUUGGUAAAAUCAGGAGCAUUAUGAACCCUUGUGAGAAGUACAAACUGAAUGAGCGCAAGAGAAACAGAAAAAGGGAGGAAGCUCAGACGCUGCUGGUGGAGGCACAAGAAGCCGACAAAGCAGCUAAAGCUCUUCCGCCUGUGGAUGAAAUCAAUAAUAAACUAAAAAAUGUUGUGAAGUCCCAAGGACACUCCAAAAACACCUUCAUAAAGUUAAAUGAAGAGAUACGAGGCAUCAAAACACAAAUCUCACAGGCUGAGAACCAAAUGAACAAGACAAAUGACGAACUAAAUGACUUGUCAGCAAAACAGUCUGAGAUGGAAGAUGAAAUUGCCACAUUGCAGGCAAAAAUGCUGAUGAACAAGAAUGAAGCUACAAAGGCAAGAGCAGGGGCAGAAGCAGCACACAAGCAAGCCCAGAACAUUGAUAAUGAAUUUGCUGACAUUAACAGAAAGUACACCAUUCUUCAAGAAAAGCUAAAAGCCCGAGGACCUCCAAAAGUAACACUAGAAAAAGUGAAGCAGCUGAAAGAAGAAGCAGAAAAACUGGCUGAAGAGACUGAAAAAAAAAUUAAAAGAAUAACAGAUUUGGAGAAGAAGCUUCAGGACCUGAGUCAAACCAAACAAGACAAGGCAGAGCAACUGAGACAACUAGAAGAACAAGUGAUAGCCAUUAAAAAUGAAAUCAUGGAGCAGGAAAGCAAGUAUGCAACAUGCAAAAGUUAG